AUGGUGCAGAUCCUUUCUCUCCUGUGUGUUUUGGAACAGGUGCUGCCCGGCAUCCUGCAGAAGCACUGCUGUAUCCUCCCAGACAGGAACACAGAGUCGCAGUGUACGCUGUGCGGGGAACCGGAAGAGGAAGAAGGCGGAGACCUGGCCCAGGCGGGCCUCACCUUUCCCGGGCCGGCGGAGGAGGACCUAGACCGGCCGUACUCAUGGUCGCCCACGCCACCCUUCGAUGAGGAGAGCUACUCCCCUCCCAGGAACAUGAAAGGGCUGUCGGCCAGCCGAAGCGCCGCCCCGCUGUGCUCCAGCCACACCUGCGGCCUGACGCCACCUGGGGACUUCGAGCACAGCCACGGCCACCUGCACCAUGGGCCGGAGGCCAGGCCGCCCUACCUGCUCAGCCCCACGGACGGCUGCCCCGUGGAGCAUCACCGCUGCUCGCCGCGCAGCUCCAUCCACUCGGAGUGCGUGGUGACACCUGUGGCGCUGGGCGAGCACGUGUCCAGCACGUUCCCCAGGAUGCACUACAGCUCGCACUACGACGCCAGGGACACCUGCGCCGUGGCCCACACCAGCACCAAGGCCAACCGCAUCCCCGCCAACCUCCUGGACCAGUUCGAGAAGCAGCUGCCACUGCACCGGGACGGCUUCCACACCCUGCAGUACCAGCGGACGUCAGCCGCGGCCGAGCAGCGCAGCGAGAGCCCGGGCAGGAUCCGGCACCUCGUGCACUCAGUGCAGAAGCUCUUCACCAAGUCGCACUCGCUGGAGGGCACCUCCAAGAGCAGCGUCAACGGGAACAAGGGGGACGGCCGGGCGGACGACCACCACCACGGCCACCACUCCAAACACAGCAAGAGGGCCAAGAGCAAGGACCGCAAGGCCGAGGGCAAGCACAGGGCCGGCCUGAGCAGCUGGUGGAGUUCGGACGACAACCUGGACAGUGACAGCACGUACCGGACGCCCAGCGCGGCCGCCCGGCACCACGUGGACCGCAUGGCCCACUGCUACCCCGAGGCGCUGCCGGGCCCCUUCGGGGACCUGUCCCUCAAGACCUCCAAGAGCAGCAGUGACGUAAAAUGCUCGGCCUGCGAGGGCUUCGCCGGCACCCCUGAGGCCAAGUACAUGAAGCGCAGCUCCUGGUCCACGCUCACGGUGAGCCAGGCCAAGGAGGCCUCCCGCAAGAGCUCCCUGAACCUGGACCAGGCCCUGGCCCCCCAGGGCCUCAAGCCAGCCCUGCGGCCGUGUCACUACCUCCAGGUGCCUCAGGACGAGUGGGGCGGGUACCCGGCGGGCGGCAAGGAUGAGGAGAUCCCGUGCCGCAGGAUGCGCAGCGGCAGCUACAUCAAAGCCAUGGGCGACGAGGAGAGUGGCGGCUCGGACUCCAGUCCCAAGACGUCGCCAACGGCGCGGGAGCCACUGCUGAGGCCCACGGGACCCAGGCCGCUGGGAGCCCUGCACACCCAGAGCUACCUGCAAGCUGCCAGCGACGUGCCUGUUGGCCACAGCCUGGACCCCUGUGCCAACCACAACUCCCCCAAGUUCCGCUCCAGGAACCAGAGCUACAUGCGGGCCGUCAGCACCCUGAGCCAGGCCAGCUGCGUGAGCCAGAUGAGCGAGGCCGAGGUGAACGGGCAUUUGGAGUCGGUCUGUGAGUCGGUCUUCAGCGAGGUCGAGUCCCAGGCCAUGGACGCCCUCGACCUCCCCGGGUGUUUCCGCACUAGGAGCCACAGCUACCUGCGCGCCAUUCAAGCUGGCUACUCCCAGGACGACGAGUGUGUCCCCGCGCUCACACCCUGUGACAUGACCUCAGCCGUCAGGCCCACCACAGCGGUCUCCUACACAAGCUACAAGAAAACUCCCCCACCCGUGCCCCCCCGGACCACCUCCAAGCCUCUCAUCUCCGUGACAGCUCAGAGCAGCACCGAGUCCACGCAGGACGCCUACCAGGACAGCCGGGCCCAGAGGAUGACCCCGUGGGCCCAGGACGGCCGCGGCCUCUACGGCUCCACGGACAGCCUGGACAGCAGUAAGGCUGUGAGUCUGGCUCUGGAGACGGCCGCGGCCCAGCGCCACGUGGACGGCCAGGGCGGCCCCUCACGGACCAGCGACAAAAGUGCACUGGCAUCCAAGGCCGAGGAGUUCCUCAAGAGCCGGCGCUCCUCCAUCGGCGUCCAGGACUCUGAGUUCCCAGAGCCUCAGCCGUCCCCAAGGUCCGACGUGGAAACAGCUACAGACUCCGACACGGAGAGCCGCGGCCUGCGGGAAUUUCACUCUGUCGGGGUGCAAGUGGAAGACGACAAGCGGCACGGGCGGUUCAAGCGCUCCAACAGUGUCACGGCUGCCGUGCAGGCUGACCUGGAGCUGGAGGGCUUUGCCGGCCACACGGCCACGGAGGACAAGGGCCUGCAGUUCGGCUCGUCAUUCCAGCGGCGCUCAGAGCCCAGCACCCCAACACAGUAUGGGGCGGUGCGGACGGUGCGGACGCAGGGGCUCUUCAGCUACCGGGAGGACUACCGCACGCAGGCAGACACGGCCAGCCUGCCCCCCGCCGACCCCUGGCUGGAGCCCUCGCUGGAGCCCGUGGACAGCGGGAGGAUGUCGCCCUGCCGCAGGGACGGCUCCUGGUUCCUGAAGCUGCUGCACACGGAGACCAAGCGCAUGGAGGGCUGGCGCAAGGAGAUGGAGCGGGAAGCCGAGGAGAAUGACCUCGCCGAGGAGAUUCUCGGUAAAAUCCGGAGCGCCGUGGGGAGUGCCCAGCUCCUCAUGUCCCAGAAAUUCCAGCAGUUUUAUUGGCUGUGCCAACAGAACAUGGACCCCAGCGCCAUGCCAAGACCUACGUCGCAGGACCUGGCCGGGUACUGGGACAUGCUGCAGCUGUCCAUCGAGGAUGUCAGCAUGAAGUUCGACGAGCUGCACCGGCUGAAGCUCAACGACUGGAAGCUGGUGGAGUCGCCGGAGAGAAAGGAGGAGAGGAAGGUACCCCCGCCAAUACCAAAGAAGCCCCCCAAGGGGAAAUUCCCCAUCGCCCGAGAGAAGUCUCUGGACCUGCCCGACAGGCAGCGCCAGGAGGCCCGAAGGCGCCUGCUGGCGGCCAAGCGCGCCGCCUCCUUCCGGCAGAACUCGGCGGCCGAGCGUGCGGACAGCAUAGAGAUCUACAUCCCCGAGGCGCAGACGCGGCUCUGA